AUGUCUCGACAAGCCCAGUCGCGACCCCAGCCCACCACCCGACGACCAGCAGACAGUGAAGGGCAAGAUGAGAUCUGCCCAGUCUGCAAGUCCUCCCGCUACCUAACACCCACCCUCCGCUUCCUCAUCAACCCGGAAUGCUACCACAAAUUCUGCGAAUCCUGCGUCGACCGCAUCUUCUCCCACGGCCCCGCCCCAUGCCCCAUCCCCGGCUGCCACAAAACCCUCCGCAAGCACAAGUUCCGCACCCCGACCUUCAGCGACCUGCAAGUCGAGCGCGAAGUCGACAUCCGGAAGAAAGUGGGCGCGGUCUUCAACCGGCGGGAGGAGGAGUUUGAGGAUCUCCGGGCGUACAACGAUUACUUGAAUGAGGUGGAGGAUAUUACGUUCAACCUGAUUAAUAAGCUUGAGGUUGAGGAGACGGAGAAGAGGUUCAAGGCGUAUCAGCGCGCGCAUGAGCGGGAGAUUACGGAGAAUGCUUCGUUGGCGGAGCAGGAGCGGGCGAGCUUCGCUGCGCUGCAGAAGGAAGAGCGGGAGCAGGCGAGGUCGAGACGGGAGGCUGCUCGGCGAGAGGAUGCGGAGGAGAAGAGGCAGUUAGAGGAGAAUCGACGUGAUGUGCUGAACCGUUUGGCGUCCGGGCAGGAUGCGGAGAGUGUUGCGAAGGCCGGGCAGCAGGUGCAUUUGAAGAAGCGGAUGGAUCGGGCGGCGGCUGCAGAGAGGCAGAGGCAGUUGCAGGCGGCGUCUGCGUCGAAUGGGAGUGGGAAUGUGGUGAUCAAGGGCCUAAGAGCGAAGCAGAAGCAAGAGCCCGAGGCGUCUGUGGAUCCGUUUGGAGGGUUGAGCUUCGAGGGGAGGAAGUACUAUGCUCUGCAAGACGAUUACGUUUGGGCCGGUGUGCAAGAAACCAAGGCAGAUGUCUUGAUCGGAGCUGGAGGGUAUGAUGUUGGAGCGUUCACGGGCCGGGCGCUUUGCGAAGCUUUCGCGGGCUUGGGCGUGUUCGUCGGUGACGAGAUGGAUGAGCGCGACAGAGAGAAGAUGGGCAAGGAGAACGACGAGAUGGCUACCAAAGGGGCUGAAGUUGCUGCCACGAAAGGCGGGAAUGCCGCGAAAGGCAAGGUGAAAGACGUGAAGAUGGAAGAUCCGUUUUGA